AUGGUCGCCGGCAUGAACGACCCCUUCAUAGUCAUGACGGACUGUAGUUCUCUGGGGUUCGCCCGGGUCGUUUGGGACUUUGUCACCUUGAAAAUCAGCGAAUACCGAAACGACGGAAGCGACCAUUGUUUCUUCGUUUUCCAUCCCGACAAUGCUUGGAUGGGCGCGUUCAUGAGGUUGGAGAGGGCUGAGGGACAGCUCCCGCACGAGUUUAUAGGUGUUGCGCAUGACCUCAUUGUGCUUUGCAGAUGGAUGCUCUGCGUCAGGGUGGCACUGGUUCAAGAAAUGGGCGAUGCGGGCAAGAAAAUCCGGUUUCACAUUCUGAUACCAAGCUCUGAGCCAUUGGUCAUCCCGCGGCCAUUCAGCUUCAUCGAUGCCUUGUAUCCGUUGACACUCGAAGGGCCAACCAGACGAGGGCAGACGCUCGUUUGGCUGCGCGUAGUCCCGGAAUCGGCGGGCCUGCUCAAGGAUAUCGGGGCCGUGCCGUCGCCAUGUAACGUUGGCGCAGAGCGAAAGGCCUGUGCUGCUGUGUGUAUCAUGUGGAUCGUUGUUUCUCCUGUACUCUUGAUGGUCUGCCAGUUGCUUUGCUCGCCGAGGACCCCGGUUUACAUGGCACUAUCCUUGACGACUGUUUUCCACGGUUUGGCUUUGGUCGCAACGCUCUGGUUCAAACGGGAAAUGAGGGACUAUUAUCUCCAGGAAGAGGUGCCGGCGGUUUUGGGAUGA